GCAAAGUGAUUGAUGUGGAUAAAGGUAUAGUCUGUGAACAAGUGCCUAUAAUCACCCCUAAUGGAGACGUGGUCGUGUCCUGCUUGAACUUCAAGGUAGAGGAAGGGAUGCAUCUGCUGAUCACGGGGCCGAACGGAUGUGGGAAGAGCUCUCUGUUCCGAAUCCUCAGUGGCUUGUGGCCUGUGUAUGGUGGACUUCUGCACAAACCCUCUCCUGAACACAUGUUCUACAUCCCACAAAGACCGUACAUGUCUAUCGGGACGUUACGGGACCAGGUCAUCUACCCAGACUCUCUGGACGACAUGCACAGCAAGGGUUACAGAGAUAAAGAGCUGGAGGUCAUUCUGGACAUCGUCAAUCUCAACCACAUAGUCACACGGGAAGGAGGCUGGGAUGCUGAGAUGGACUGGAAAGAUGUACUCUCCGGAGGUGAAAAGCAGCGUAUGGGCAUGGCGCGCAUGUUUUACCAUAAGCCCAAGUACGCUCUGCUGGACGAGUGCACCAGUGCUGUCAGCAUUGAUGUAGAGGGUAAAAUAUUUCAGGCCGCAAAGGAUGCUGGGAUCUCCUUGUUAUCCAUCACCCACAGACCCUCUCUCUGGAAAUACCACACACACCUGCUGCAGUUUGACGGGGAGGGCGGAUGGCGGUUCGAGCAGCUGGACACGGCCACGCGACUCUCGCUGACGGAGGAAAAGCAGCGCCUGGAGUCUCAGCUGGCGGGGAUCCCCAAGAUGCAGCUGAGGCUGAACGAACUGUGUAAGAUCUUGGGCGAAGAUUCAGUGCUGAAGACGGUGGAACCAAGACCGGACGACGAGGAGGAAUGAAGGAAAGCCGGAGAGUAUCGCUCUUCAGGAAAACUGUUUUAGGAACGAUUUUAAGAUUUGAUUGAAUACGUCACAAUUUAAUACUAAACUUGUUUUAGUUUGUCAGGAGUUGGAGAAAUCAUCCCCCUUUUGUUUGUUUGUUUGUUUUUUAUUUUCGUUUUGCUGUUUGAUUUUGUU